AUGGCAUCAUGGUUGUACAUCACUCAAAUAUAUACACUUUAUGCGUUUUUUCCAUUCUGUUGUAUAGGUCUUUUUGGUAGUUUAAUGAAUACAAUAAUACUUUCGACUUCGCGUAUGUAUCGUACUCAGCCAUGCACAUUUUUUCUACUUAUAGCAGCAAUUGCACAAUCUGUGCAGUAUUUGGCUGUAGGAAUAUCUCGUAUUUCCUCUAUUGGUUUUAAUAUAGAUUUAACUCUUCUCUCACCUGGAUGGUGCAAAAUAAGAGCAUAUCUUGUUGAUACUUGUUAUGGUGUAGCAAUGACAUGCGAAUGGUUAGCAACGAUUGAUCGUUUUCUGAUGACCUCACGAUCUGCUAAUCUACGACAAUUGAGCAAGAUCAAAUGGGCUUAUUGUAUUGGUGCUGGUGUAGUUGUUUUUUGGACAUUUACAUCUGUACCGGAUCUCAUUUUCACUUAUAUAAGAGAUGACACUGAGUUAAAUGCGCAUCCAUAUAUCCUUGCGCAAGAUGAAACCACGCUAAAUGACUCUAUAAAACAAUUCGAACAUUUCGAUGAACUGAACUUACGAGAAUCACUUUUACGAGGUAUCUAUAGUUAUGGUUUCGAGCGUCCUGCAGAGCUGCAGCAACGAACUCUUAAACCAUGUAUAUCAGGCCGUGAUAUAAUUGUGCAAGCACAAUCAGGUACAGGCAAGUCAGCAGCAUGUAUUAUUGCAAUUUUACAACAAAUCGAUAUGGACUGUAACGACUGUCAAGCAUUAAUUUUAGCUCCAACGCGUGAACUUUCUCAAGGGCUUCAUAGAUUAGUAUUAGCACUCGGUGAGCAUAUGAAUGUAACAUGUCAUCCUUGUGUUGGUGGUACGAAAAUUCGUGACGAUAUGAAGCGUCUUGAAGCAGGUGCUCAAGUUGUUGUUGGUACUCCUGGUCGAAUUUGUGAUAUGUUGAAGAAAUCAGUACUUUGUAGUGAAAAAAUGGAAAUAUUGAUAUUAGAUGAAGCAGAUGAGAUUCUUUAUCGAGGUUUCCACGAACAAAUUAAUGAAAUACGAACGAUACUGCCAGCACAUAUCCAGAUUAUUGUUUUAUCGACUACAAUGCCUCAAGAUCUAUGCGAAAUGACACAAAAAGUUAUGAAUAAUCCUGUAAAAAUUCUUCUUGAGUCAGACAAUCGGACACUUGAAGGUAUACGUCAAUUUUACAUCAAUAUCGAACGUGAGGAAUGGAAAAUAGAUACAUUAUAUGAUUUGCUCGAUACACUGACGACCGCUCCAGCUGUUAUCUGUUGUAACACAUACCGAAAGGUCGACUGGUUAACUGAAAAACUACGUGAGCGUGGUUUCACAGCGUCUGCUCUGCAUGGUAAUAUGGAUGCUAAACAAUACAAUAAUGCAAUGAACGAAUUUCGAACGGGUUCCAGUCGAAUCUUGACAAGAACCGAUGCACUUUUAAAUAAUACUGAUGUUCCACAAGUUGCUCUUGUAAUCAAUUACGAAUUGCCGAUUCAUCGUGAGCAGUAUAUACGACGUAAUGGACGUUAUGGUGCAUUCGGUCGCAAAGGUACAGCUAUCACUUUCAUCACUCAGAAUGAACAACAAACAUUACGCGACAUUGAAAAAUUCUAUAAUACAAGCAUCCAAGAAAUGCCGAUGGAUAUUGCUGAUCUGAUUUAA